AUGCACAUCGCCAGGCAAAGGACACACGCCACCGCGCGCAGCGUCGCCAGGAUGCUUCAGCCAGCCUCGCGCCCCGCCGCACCCCGUAUCAUCGGCACUUCGGCUGCCACCGCCACAUACUCGACUCGCGCUUCGCCAUCGCUAGUUCCUCGCGCUGACCUUCGCGCUGCGCAGCCGCACCUUGCAGCACCAUCAGCACCCUCGCUUCGUCGCGGCCUUGCCACCGUGGCUCGCUCCGACGCUUUCGCCAACCUCACCUCGGCCGACGUCGAGGCAUUCGCAAAGAUCCUGCCCUCCCCCUCCCAGAUCCUCACCACCAUCGCUCCCGAAUCCGGUUCGGCCUCAUACCAGCCAGUCGACCCGAGCGAGCUCGACACGUUCAACAAUGACUGGAUGAACAAAUACCACGGAAGGUCGCAGCUCGUGCUCAAGCCAAAGACCACCAACGAGGUCUCCGAGAUCAUGAAGUACUGCCAUGCGAAGAACAUUGCCGUCGUGCCGCAGGGAGGCAACACGGGUCUUGUCGGUGGCGGUGUUCCUGUAUUCGAUGAGGUCGUCGUCCAGCUCGGCGGCCUCAACCAGAUCCGCUCUUUCGACGAGGUGGCCGGCACGCUCGUAUGCGACGCAGGCUGCAUCCUCGAGAGCCUCGACAACCACAUUGGCGAGAAGGGUUACAUGAUGCCGCUCGACCUCGGUGCCAAGGGCUCGUGCCACAUCGGAGGCAACGUCGCUACCAAUGCCGGCGGCCUGCGCUUCCUCCGCUACGGCAGCUUGCACGGCACCGUGCUCGGCCUCGAGGUGGUGUUGCCGGACGGCACCAUCAUGGACACGCUCUCGACGCUGCGCAAGGACAACACCGGCUUUGACCUCAAGCAGCUCUUCAUCGGCUCCGAGGGCACCAUCGGCCUCAUUACCGGCGUCGCCAUCGCUACGCCGCGCAGACCCUCGGCGGUCAACGUGGCCGUUUUUGCGCUCGACUCGUACGACGCGGUGCAGACCGUCUUUGGCCAGGUCAAGAAGCACUGCGGCGAGAUCCUGUCUGCCUUUGAGUUCUUCGACCAGACGUCGUUCGACGUGGUGCAGAAGCACGCCACCGCCGGUGUGCGCGAUCCGUUCGAGGCGAGGCAUCCCUUCUACGUGCUCAUCGAGACGAGCGGCUCGAACAAGGACCACGACGACGAGAAGCUGCAGGUGCUGCUCGAGCACCUCAUGGAGGAGGGCAUGAUCCAGGACGGCGUGCUGGCCCAGGACGAAACACAGCUGCAGGGCCUGUGGGCGCUGCGAGAGAGCAUCCCCGAGGCGGCGGGCAAGAUGGGCAAGGUGUUCAAGUAUGACCUCUCCAUGCCCAUCGACAAGAUGUACGCGCUGGUGCAGGACAUGCGCACGCGCUUCGACGAGCACGGCGUCCACGGCGAGGGCAACGACGUCGGCGCCGUCUGCGGCUACGGCCACAUCGGCGACGGCAACCUCCACAUCAACAUUGUCGCCAAGUCGUACGACCCCAAGAUCGAGAGCAUCAUCGAGCCGUACAUCUACGAAUGGACGUCCAGCGUCAAGGGCUCUGUCAGCGCCGAGCAUGGCCUCGGCCUCAUGAAGGCCACCAAGAUCGGAUACACAAAGACGCCCGAGAGCAUCGAGUACAUGAAGAAGAUCAAGAACGUCUUUGAUCCCAAGGGCAUCCUCAACCCGUACAAGUACAUCCAGGUCUAG